CUUAAAGGAAAAAAGGAGGAAGGGUUCGUAAACAAGAAAAAAGAACACGUACAAAAUCGCACUUGUUAAAUUAAUUCCAGUGCAGCGUAAUUUUUUUUUCCAUAUUACAAUUACAAGAAAUAUUCAACAAUAAAUUAACAAAUCGAAAAGUAUCACAUAUGAAAUCUAAAAUUCUUGAAAAAGCUUCAUAAAGUCAUUGAGCGAAUAAUUGAUUUCGGAGACAAAAUUUAACUAUGUCCAUUGAUUUCCCUUCACCAUCGGCACCUGAAGUGCCAAACACAGAAUAUACACCUUCGGCUUCGUCGUCGUCAUCAUCGUCAUCAAAUUUAUUGGGUUCGCAACCACCGCCAAUUGGAUUUAGAACAUUGAUUGGCAACGAAAAAGAGGCCACCACCUCGACUGAUGGGGCAACGGCUAAAGAUUCGACGAAUGAUAAGAACGAAGAGAAACGCGAUGACUCCAUGUUUGAAUGUAAUAUUUGCUUGGACACGGCUAAGGAUGCCGUAGUCAGCAUGUGCGGACAUUUGUUCUGCUGGCCAUGUUUGCAUCAGUGGUUGGAGACACGUCCAACGCGUAAACUUUGCCCAGUUUGCAAGGCUGCUAUUAGCAAGGAAAAGGUUAUUCCAUUAUAUGGUCGUGGAAGCACGAAGCAGGAAGAUCCCAGAAAUAAGGUGCCACCCAGGCCAGCUGGUCAACGAACUGAACCCGAACAUCAACAAGGUUUUCAAGGAUUUGGAUUUGGUGAUGGUUUUCAUAUGUCUUUUGGAAUUGGCGCUUUUCCGUUUGGCUAUUUUGCAUCUUCGUUCAAUUUUGGCGAGCCAAGGCCAGCAGCAAAUCGUGGAACCACACAGUACGAAGAUGAACAGCAGUUGUCCAAAUUAUUUUUAUAUUUAGCAUUUUUGUGCAUCGCAUGGCUUUUGUUUGCCUAGCGAGUUUUUGUUUCAAUCUAUUGUAGUCAGAUAUUGAAGUUCGCAUUCAAAAGAUAAUAAUCAUAAACAAAAAAACAAUUCUUUAUAAAUAUAUACAUAUACAUAAAUAAACGUUUUAAAUUGAAAAACAAGUUGCCUACGAAAGCAACAGUCCCAAGUACUUAAAAAUGUUACAGAAUUUUAACAAAAAAUCAAAGCUAGUCGAAACAAAAAUUUUUAUAAUUAAUUUAACCAGUGAUUUCUUUGUAAGAGGCCGGUUACAACGAUCAGCAAAACGCAUCAUUAAAAUUUGUCAUAAAUGGAUUAUAAACAUUAUCUAACAUAUUUUCAUAAACGAA